GAUCAGUUUUAAAAAAGACUUCAAAGUGAGUUGAAGGAGUGGUAAAUCAAGGAAUCAAACAUUUUACGGAUUUUUUGGAAAUUUUGCUCAAAGGCAGGAAACAAGAGACGAAUUGAUUUAUCGGAUACAAUAUUUUUUUUCUAUAAUAAAACAGCAUUCACCUUUGAUAACAUGACAACGUUAUCAACAUCAUGGAUUCUCUUGGCCGCUAUGUUUUUGGUCAGCACGUUUCUAAUAAUGGCAUCGGCAACAGGAAAUGAAAUUUAUGAGAAUCGAGGAUUGAAAAGUGAUGAAAUAAAUGGAGAUAAAGAUAAAAAACAAUUUUUCAUGGGCAGUCGUUAUGGUCGAUCACAAUCAGAUUUAACCAGCAUGGAUGAGAAUGGAAAGACAUCAAAUAUGGCAAGAAUAGUUCCAAGAAAUGAUCGAUUCUUUUUUGGAAGUCGAUAUGGAAAACGAUCUGCUCCGAUCAGUGCGAUGAAUGAAGACAACAACCAAUUUCUAUCUUGUUUCUACACAGGUCUUACGAAUUUAUUCAGAUGCAUUGAAAAAAUGGAACUUCAAUUUAAUGUGGACGAAGUAAAGUAAUUUCUCCAUAAAAAUGACACCCACACAGUCUCAACAUUCCUUGGAUAUUUAUUUAUUUAAUUUCUUUUUUUCCUUCGAUGAAACUUCUAUCGGCUGGGAAAAUCAUAACUGAAGUUUUAUUGAACGAAAAUCAAUGACUUUAAGUUGAAGAAAAUUUUCUAAUUCGAUGGUUUUGAGUGAAUGCGACAAAUACGAGACAUUCCCUUUCUCUCCCACGCUUUAGGAAAUAAAUGAUUAUACCAAAUUCUUUGUGAUAUUUUCCGAUUUUAAUUUUGAGAUCAUUGAUGUAAAGUGGCUAAAGAAAUCACCGUUAAUUGAUGACAAAAAGAAUCAAAAUACCAAGAAAAAGGAAAAAUCAAAGGCGACUGAUUCCAUAAAGAGAAUUUUUUUGGGGAAUAAAAUAUUAAAUGAAACUUUCAAUGUAUUUAUGAUGUUAAUAAAUAUUCAUUUAGAAUUAAAAUAUGCAAAAUCUUAAAAGGAGCAUAAAAAAUAAAACUUUAUUUGUCAUGAAUGAAAUUCCUUCUCAACAAUCAAAAUUAAGCAGCGAGGUGAAAGUUUAUCGUUUUGAAGCUUCUUUACAGAGAUGUUUAAAUUUAAAUUCCUAAGUUUUCCAAUCUCUUCGAUGUAACGAAUGCGAUCAAUUAAGACGAGAUUCUCACAAUUGUUCUGUAUCGUCGUUUGAAAGCAAAAUAGAUUUUCACUUAGUUCUUCACCAUUUGGAUAUUUUUGUCUCAAAUUUUUAAAUCUUUCUUUGUGCUCGUCAGACCAUUCUUUUGAUCUUCCACUCGUUUUUUCCAGUAAUUGAUAUUUCAUAAUAAUAUCGUUCAUUGUGACGCGAUUUUCGGGAAUGCUGAUGUUAUUAAUUCGUUUAGUCGUCUCAUCUUGCUUUAUCAGCGCUUCUACUAAAGCUCGUUCAAACAUAUUUUUACCAUGAGUCCAAUGGUCUUCUUUUGACAUUUCCUUCCACUUGGCUGGAGAUUGUUGACCGGCGAGUCUGAGAAACGGUCGAUUAAGGAAUAUCGGAUAGUUUUUUAGAACUGACUUUAGUUCAUGGCUUAGUGGAAAGUAAUUAAAUUCAUUUUUAUCAGAUGUUUUCGGUGUCAUUUUGUGAUAACAACACGGUAUGAAAAUCAGUUUAUUUACUCUUUCGAUGUCAAGAAAAAGUUUAAUCGCUGUAAUUGUUAAAUCGCCACAUCCAUGAAGACCAAAUAUUGCAAGAGGCAUUUCGUUGCCUUCAAAUUGGUUUAUAAGAAAGUUUGCAGAGUUCAUGGUGAUGAAAUGUUGUUCAAACUUCACACAUCCUUUUGAGUUUGGAAAAUAUUUUUCUUGCCGCUCUCUCGCCUUCAAAACUCUAUCUUCUUCGUAUUCCAGUCCAAGAACUUUGUAAUUAAACUUAUCAAACAUGUACUGAGCCAAGUAUCCAACACCACAUCCAAAAUCAAUUAGUUGCGUCACUUUAUCACCACAAACCGAAUAAAUUACUUUCGAAACAUUUUCGAUUUCAUAUUGCUUCUUU